AUGUUCUUACCCAAUAAUAAUAUACUCACUAACACUAGUACGUACCACAGUCGCAAUCGCAAGCGGCGACGCAGUCGGCGACCCCGAGAAGAGCAAGCUGAUCCAGCAGCAACUGGUGCUGCUGCUGCACGCGCACAAGUGCCUGCGCUGCGGGAGCCAGUCCAACGGCGAGACGUGGCAGUGCAUGCUCCCGCACUGCAAGACCAUGAAGAGCGUACUCAAUCAUAUGAUGUCAUGUCAGAAAAGCCAAGGCGUUAUAAAAAAGGAUCUACAAUUAAAAAAAAGAGAACUCCCGUUAAUAGCGAAAGUUUAAAAAAAGCUGUUGCUUGCGUUAUCAAUGAAAACUCUUCUUUAAAAGGGGCGGCAAAACUGUAUGGAUUAAAUGUUAUGACUCUAAAACGAUAUGUCAGAGCUAAGAAAGCGAAUUUAACCUGUUCGGAUAUUUCAUAUACUUCCGAUUAUACGAAGAGAAAAGUAUUUAAUGACACAGAGGAAGAUUCACUAAAAAAAUACCUAGUCAAAGCUAGCAAACUACAUCAUGAGCUGACAGGGAAACAAAUAAGGCAAUUAGCCUUUAGAUUUUCUACUACUAUUAAUAAAAAAGUACCUCAAUCUUGGACCAAAAAUGAAGCAGCUGGAAUUGAAUGGUUACAUGGAUUUAUGAGGAGGAAUAUAGGAUUAAAACUUUGUUCCUCCCAGGAUCAAGUCUCCUGCAGGAGGACAAACAGAAAACGGAAC